ACAAAAUCAAUAAAAAUAAUCAACACCGAAGAGGGCAAUGUCCGAACGGAAGGAGCAGAGUAGAGGUUUCGGAACGUAAAUCUCCCGCAGCUCCCAUGCCGAAAUCAGAGAAUUCAAAACCUCCAACGGCCAAUCCCCCCGCCAAAAUCUACCCGGCAAGCGAUCCCGAAGCAGAUGCCAACUCUUACUCCCUUGAGAAAUUCAGACUGUACGAAACCAGGGCGAGAUUUUAUCUUAUUGGGAGUGAUCGGAACAAGAAAUUCUUCCGGGUUCUGAAAAUCGAUCGCUCAGAGCCGUCUGAUCUUAAUAUCAGCGAAGAUCCCGUUGUUUAUUCGCCCCAGGAAAUUAAGAAUCUGCUGCAGCGCAUUGCCGAGGGCAAUCGUGCGACUGGAGGGCUUACCUUUGUCGCUAAGGUUUAUGGGAUUGCCGGUUGCAUUAAGUUUCUGGAAUCUUAUUAUCUUAUUUUGGUCACAAAGCGUCGACAAAUUGGAUGCAUAUGUGGUCACGCAAUUUAUAGCAUAGACGAGAGCCAAUUGAUCACAAUUCCACAUGUUUCAAUACAAACUGAUGUAGCCCAUUCCAAAACGGAGUUAAGGUACAAGAAGCUGUUAUCUAGUGUAGAUUUGACAAAGGAUUUUUUCUAUAGCUAUAAUUAUCCUGUAAUGCAAAGUUUGCAAAAAAAUGCCUUGUCAAUGGGGGAGGAAGGAAUGCCGUAUGAGAACAUAUUUGUGUGGAAUGCGUAUCUAACACAAGCAAUUCGAUCAAGAUUGAAUAACACUAUUUGGACGAUUGCAUUAGUUCACGGGAAUUUUAAGCAGAUUAGGCUCUCCAUCUUUGGAAGAGACUUCAGUGUAUCUCUAGUUUCGAGGCGUUCUCGACAUUUUGCUGGGACACGUUACUUGAAAAGGGGAGUGAAUGAUAGAGGAAGAGUUGCAAAUGAUGUUGAGACGGAACAAAUUGUCCUUAAUGAAGAAGCUGGGUUGUGCAAGGGUAGAAUGAGUUCAGUUGUGCAGAUGCGGGGUUCAAUUCCCCUCUUCUGGUCACAGGAGGCUUCUAGAUUUAGUCCUAAACCUGAUAUUAUCUUACAACGCUAUGAUCCCACAUACCAGUCGACAAAAUUGCAUUUUGAAGACCUAGCAAAGAGAUAUGGCAAUCCGAUAAUUGUGCUAAAUCUAAUCAAGACUGUUGAGAAAAGGCCUCGAGAAAUGAUGCUGAGACGUGAGUUUGCAAAUGCUGUUGGGUAUCUAAACCAGAUUCUAUCUGAAGAAAACCAUCUAAAAUUUAUCCAUUGGGAUUUCCACAAAUUUGCGAAGAGCAAGUCUGCCAAUGUUUUGGCAGUUUUGGGUGCUGUGGCAAGUGAAGCCCUAGAUUUGACUAGUUUUUAUUAUAGUGGGAAGCCUGUCCUUGUUAAAAGGAAAACCACCCAACUUAGUCAAACAAGCACUGGGAGGGAUGCUGCUCUUAGAGAGCUAAGAGCUAACUCAGGGGAUGUUGCAAGGAUUGGAAAUACUAAUGAAAAUUGCGACAAAGAGUCUGAUAGUAAUCAACAGGCUCCAAAAGAUAAAUAUGGUGGUGCAGCACCAUGUUUUCAGAGUGGAGUAUUGCGUACUAAUUGCAUUGACUGUUUGGAUCGUACAAAUGUUGCGCAGUAUGCUUAUGGCCUAGCAGCUUUAGGUCGCCAACUCCAUGCAAUGGGUUUGACAGACAUGCCUAAAGUAGAUCCUGAUAGUAGCAUCGCUGCAGCUUUGAUGGACAUGUAUCAGAGUAUGGGCGAUGCCCUUGCCCAGCAAUAUGGCGGCUCUGCAGCUCACAACACUGUGUUUCCUGAGCGGCAAGGUAAGUGGAAGGCUACAACCCAGUCCAGAGAGUUUCUCAAGUCUAUCAAGAGAUACUACAGCAAUACCUACACUGAUGGUGAAAAGCAAGAUGCAAUAAAUCUAUUUUUGGGUUACUUCCAGCCACAGGAAGGGAAGCCUGCUCUUUGGGAGUUGGAUUCUGACUACUAUCUUCAUGUAUCUGGAAUUGGAGAUGACCUCUUUCCAGAUUCAAGUUCAUCAGUUGAUGCUAAACCUGGGGGAAGAGCUGGAACUCUUCUUGCGCCCGUUCCAGCUUGCAGGGAAGAUUUCUUGCAUAUUAAAUUAACAUCAUUUGAAAAAUUAAUACAGAGGACAUGCAGUUCAAUAAAGAAUGUAAGGCUUUGCUGUGAACCAGACCAAAAGCCAGGUGGUGGCAUAGGAAAUUCUGGGGUGGCACCAGAUGCAGCUGAAAUACAACUAAAAAGCCCGAAUUGGCUUUUUGGCCAGAGAAAGUAUGAUGAGAGUGGUUCUGUCCCGAAAGUCACUUCAACUGAAAUUGCAAAUGAAGGGCCUCGUGAUGAUAUGGGAUUAGAUGGUUUCUGCGACUUAAAUUGGGUUUCUUCUAUUGAUGAUGUUGAUGAAGAAGAUAUUUUCCAGAGGUACCUCUCAGUAACAUCUGUUGAAGAUGCAAAUGGUUGGUAUGGUGGAACAUUGCUUGGUGAUCACGAUGAAAGCAGUGAUAUAUAUAAGCAUUAUGCUGAACUCUGUCAGCAGGGCCCAGCCAUGGAACCAUUUCAGCAUGAUCCUGAGAAAGAGAGGCACUAUUCUGAUGUUCUUCAUAUGGGUGCCCUUGAUGGUGUAGAUGAUGCAGCUGUUGCAGCAGAGAUGGAAGCUGCUCUGAGAGAAUAUGAUCAGAUCGGUGGUGAUCUUGGGAUUGUCCCUAAAACAUGUAAAGCCUUGGUUGAUGAUCCUAGUCUGUUGACAAGGUGGAUCAUUGGGGAAGAGAAGCUGCAAAUGGCCUAAUCCUGCCUUGCACUACUUGGUGCCAACAUAAAUAUAUUUAUAUUCUAUAAUUUUCUUUAUUUAAGUUUGAAUUUCACAUGUAUACUUUUAUGGUUUUUAUAUUAUCAUUUUCUCAUUUAUAUUGAUCCCAUCUUAAUUAAAGGGGUGGGGGGUGGGCUAAGAAAUGGGGUGGUGUUGUAGAUCAUGUAGACCUUAGUUGUAACAUGACAUGGUGUUUUCAUGUUAUUAAAGUUUAUAUUUUUCAGUUUUAUGUUCA